AUGUUAAAACUAAUUGUGAGAAAUUCUCAUCUAGCAGAAUAUAAUCUCUUAGAAAAACAAUGUUUCCCCGAGAAAUUGCCAUCGAAAUUAAAUAAAUAUGCUCUGUUCCCAUCAUAUUUUCAAAUUCAAUUUGUUCUUCAUUUAUUUGGUUGGUCAUCCGUUAUAAUUAUGGAUCGUAUUGGAAAUUUUUCCGCUGCAUGGCAAAAAUUUAUUCAGGAUCCUCAUGUUGCUCAUGCAGUAUAUUCAAUGACUGUUCUAGAUGGUCGAACAGGUUCAAUACUGUUUGAACACGCCAAAGAUAUAGGUCUUCCUCCGGCAUCGUCACUUAAAACAAUUACAGCAGCAGCUGCUUUACAUUAUCUCGGUACAAAUUAUACAUAUGAAACAUUGUUGCAAUAUUCCGGUGAAAUAGAUACCGUAACAGGCAGUGGAGAUCCAUCAUUGGGCAGUUGGCGAUAUGAUGAAUCGAUAGCAGCAAAUACUAUUAUUAAGAAAUGGAUAGAAACAAUAAGAAAAGCUGGAAUAAGUAAAUGUCGAGGUAUUAUAGGUGAUACUAGUCGAUGGAAUAAUACGAAAACAAUGUUUAUUGAUGGAUGGACAUGGAAUGAUAUUGGUCAUUGGUAUGGUGCUGGUCAUUCGGCAUUAAAUUGGCGCGAGAACGAAUUCACCAUUGAAAUUCAAUCAGGUUCUUCUAAUAAUACGUCUGCACAUAUUAUUGUAAUAAAGAAUUCGCCACCUGGUUUAAAAAUUAUUAAUGAAUUAACGACUUCAUCUUUAGAAGGUGAAGUAUCUCUCUAUUUUUCUGUCGAUGGUUCUAAUGUAGGUUAUCUACGUGGCACUGUACCACUUGAUGCCUCACCUAACUUCGAUGUUCAUUGUGCUGUACCUGAUCCUGCUCUCUAUGCUGCUCACGAAUUAACUCAAGCAUUAAGAAUCAACGGAGUCGAUGUGGAACAGGAAGCAACAGUUGGCUCAAAUGAAAGCAAAAAAUUAACUCUUCUAGAUAUUCAUCGAUCACCUCCAUUAUCGAAGUUAAUUGAACAGUUUCUUCGUGUUAGUAUUAAUAUGUAUGGUGAAGUAUUUGUUAAAACAAUUGCUCAUCGAACAGGAAAAAGUUCAUUGUUUGAUGCUCCAUUGAAAAUUCUUCCAUCCUAUAUUCAUACAUUACUUGACAUAGAGAAUUCCUUGGAUGGUAUCGCAAUAACAGAUGGAUCAGGUCUAUCUCGUAGCAAUCGUCUAAGUACAUAUGCUUUAGCACGAAUUCUAUUUACUGUUCAAAAACAACCAUGGUUUGAUAAUGUUUAUUAUGAAGCUUUUCCUACGAUAAAUGGACUUCGCAUGAAAAGUGGAACACUAAUGAAUACAAUUGCUUAUGCUGGUUAUAUUAAAGAGCAUUCGUUUGUUUUUUCGUUUAUGAUUAACAACUAUCAUGGUGAAACUGCUCCGAAUAUGAGAAAGAAAAUUUGGAAUAUACUUGACGCAUUAAAAUAA